AUGUCCUCAUCUGCUCCCUCAAAGUCUGAAGCCAAGAAAGAUCAAUUUGUUGGCAAUGUCAAGGAAACUGUUGGUAACGCUGUCGGUAACGAAUCUCUUGAAAGUAAGGGCCAAGCCCAAAACACCUCUGGAAAAAUCCAAGAAACUGCUGCAAACGUAACUGGAUACGUCCAAGGUAUUGUUAAUCAAGCAAGUGGUGCUGUUAUGGGUGCUGUUAACUCUUUGACUGGUAAUACCACUGAUGAAGCUUCCAACAAGGUUACUGAAAAGAAGGGUGAAGCUCAAAAGGAGCUUAAUAAAUAA